AUGGAGGAAUUAGCAAGCACAAAGCAAGAUCAGAAACAGGUGUAUGGAGAGAUUUUAGGUGUUUUAACAGUCUUUUGGGAAUACUCUUGGUGGAGAGGUUUUAGAUCGAGAUACGUAGAUCUCAAGCUUAGAUAUGUUCGCUCUCAAGAUUAUAAAAGGGCACUUGCUGAACAAAAAGGUGGUUCUGACGCAUGGAUCAAGGAAACUAGAGAUUUCAUAGUAAAACAUGGUAUCAAACAAGAAAAUAUAUUCAACAUUGAUGAAAAGGGAGUUCUCUUCACAGAUACUAAACAAAAGGUAGAUGAGUCAAUCAAGCUAGACUGUGUCCAAUUUUUUGUUAAACAGCUGACAACACCUGGCGACAAGUUACUUUUGGUCGACAAUCAUGGAAGUAAUUUUAGUCCUGAAUUACUUCAAUGGGCCAAUGAAAACAAGGUUCACAUUAAGAGCUUUCCAUCCAAUAUGACACAUAUCUUACAACCUUUGGAUCUUGUCAUUUUUUCAUCAUUCUCUCAAUCACUAAAGAAUAUGAUACUAAAACAACUUCAAGACAAACCCAACUUUAAAAUCGCACCCGAACACUACCAACAGUUUUCAUGCUUUGCAUGGGUCGAAGCAACAAAGCCAACCAACGUAAUGGCUGCUUGGAACAAGUCAGGUAUCAUUAAUUGUUCGCCACUCUCACCACAAGAUCAGGGAUUGAUACCAAAACCACCCAAGGCAACAAAAAAAUCUUCAAAGGCUCUUGCUCUUGUUCAAACCACUUCUAAUGCAUUGGUAACGACAGAUUCUUUACCACACAAGCAAAGAUCAAUGAUGAUGAGAGAUAAGAUGAGUACAGGCACUGUCUGGACCGACGACACAAAUCGAGACUUGGUUAUUCAUUAUAAAAAAGAGACACGAAAGAGAAGACAGCCAAAAAAAUCAGACUCUGGAGAUGUUAACCUGAGCCAAGUUAACAAUUAUAACACCUUUAACCAAAUUAAUGUGGCUACCGGCGAAAUGCGAGAUGAAAAUAAUAGACCAGCUAAAAGAAUAGCCUAUGAAAGCAAUACCAACUCAUCAUCCCAACUGUCAACCACUAUUCAAAAUCCUUCCUUAGUCUCUUCCGUCAAAUCCCUAUUUAAUAAAUUCUUGCAUUGA